CGCGUUGCUAUUUUGACCUUCUUUCUCUCUCUCUAUCUGUACUCGGUGGUGGGGUUUCGAGAACCGCUUCUCUCCCUGCCAUGGCAACCAAUAAUUCGCAACAAUCAGGCAGUGGUCCACCUCCCAAGCCAUGGGAACGAGCUGGGUCGUCAUCUGGUCCUGCCCCUUUUAAACCCCCAUCUCCUGGUAGCACAAGUGAUGUAGUUGAGGCUUCUGGAACAGCAAAACCAGGUGAAAUUGUUCCCACAAAUGAUGCAACUUCAGCAAUGAACAGAAAUGCACUUGGGAGAGCUGUACCUUCUAGGCCAUGGGAGCAACAACAGCAGCCAUAUGGAAGCACAUAUGGAGUCGCAGGUACGGGGUAUGGUUCUGGAUUGAAUUCUGGAUAUGGAACUGGAGCUUAUGGUGGAAUGGGAUCGUAUAAUAGUGGUCUAUAUGGAAACAGCAUGUAUAGAGGAGGUUACGGUGGCCUUUCUGGAGGUGGUGGUAUGUAUGGUGGAGGAAUGUAUAAUAGUGGUUAUGGAGGCUCAAUGGGCGGCUAUGGUAUGGGGAUGGGCACGGGGAUGGGGAUGGGGAUGGGCAUGGGGAUGGGGAUGGGGAUGGGCAUGGGCGGUCCUGGUGGUCCGUAUGGUGAUGAGGAUCCAAAUAAUCCAUUUGGUGCUCCUUCAUCACCUCCAGGAUUUUGGAUCUCUUUGAUGCGUGUGAUGCAAGGUUUCGUAACUUUCUUUGGGCGGGUAGCAAUGCUGAUAGACCAGAAUGCUCAGGCGUUUCAUAUGUUCAUGUCAGCCCUCCUUCAGUUGUUUGAUCGGUCGGGAUUAUUAUAUGGAGAGUUAGCUAGAUUUGUGUUUCGAAUCUUGGGUGUUAGAACAAAGUCUAAUAACAAGGUUCAACCCCCUGGACCAAAUGGUCAAAUAGAGGGACCCAAGGCUGCACCGGCUGGUGCCUGGGACGGGGUAUGGGGAAACAAUUGAUCCACAUAACCACCACCACCAACAAACAAACAGAAGAAAGGAAAUCAGUCUGCCGAUGAAACAGCCAAGAAAAUGUGAGUCUGUCUGUAUGAAAUGAAGGGAUUACAGAUGAAAAAUGUGCUGGUUGGGUGUAUAGAUAGGUAUUUGGAAUGCUCUUUGUAUGAAAUAAGCUCUUUUGUUCCAUCUCUUACUAUAUUGUAUUGAAAGAUCAUAUAAAGUGUUAACACGAGAUUUCAAGCUUUUUUUGGGCUAAAUUCGAUGGUGUGUUUG